AUGUCGCGACACCGUAUCAAGGAUGUUGGAUACGACGAGGAAGAUUUUUAUGACGAUGACGACGCAAUCGCUGACCCCGAAGAACAAGAGUUUUUGCAACAGUGCACCACCGCUGUUUUGCAACAGCUCGGUGCCGGGCAACCGUCAGUGACCGCCACGAAAGAAGAAGUCCAGGACGCAUUAUGGCACUACUACAAUGAUAUCGAGAAGUCAGUCAAUUACUUGAGGGGAAAGAGAGAGAAGGAGGCUACGAAGCUGCAGAAAUCGAAGAUUCAUUCAGUGCCAGCAUACCCUGCUCCUCCUCCUAUAGCACACUUCUCGGCUGCCGAUUUCUUUCGCGAUUGUCCCUGGCUCAACAUACCAUCUCAUCGAAAAUCAGAAAUCCUGAUUGAGCCGCUGUAUCCACGUUUGGGGCUCUUGGGAGGUGCGCCGGAGAGUGGUGGAAAACUUUCCAAACUGGCCGCCCUAGCUGCAGCCCGGAAGAAGAAAGAGAGCGAGAAGGCACCCCUGCCAGAAACUUCGACUCCAUCAACUCCCAAAGUCGAACAACCAAAAUCGCCACUGCUUGAUCAUCCGGGAAAAUCACGCUCCCUUCGUGACAGACUUGCAGCUAGCGGGAGGUCCGCACCAAAAGCUUCAGAGGGUUCUGGGUCUCUCCGUCGUUUGGCAACCCCAGGCUCCUCUUUGCAUCCGACACCGAACCGGCCUGAAUCCGAAGCCAAAAAGCCAUCAGUUUCUGAAGCUUCGGAAUCAAUGCAAAGGGUGGUGCUUGAAGCGAAAGAAGAACCAGAACCCCGGCAAAUAAUGUCCACCAUUCGAGCUUUGCCGUCGACAUUUGCCAGCACUAUCGUUGGCGCAGCAACGGGCCCGACAGCAGCUGAGCCCAGCCACUUGCACUCCAGCAGCUCAGACUUGUUGAGGAUCUAUGGGCAGGAUCAUGCUGAACCUUUUGACUUUGCAGCGCCCAGUCCCGACGAUGUCGUUCUCAAUGCACAGAACACAGCGAAAGGAAUGAAGUCGAAAUCAGCCGGAUCGAAAUCGGCAGCGGUGAAGAAAGGCCAGUCUGAUCUGACAGGUGGCCUGAAGGAUCUAUCAGUGGAAGACAAAGUGUUUGUCAAAAGCAAAAAUCUUGAUGUCAUAUCAGAGUACAAGAAGUCCACCCGCAAGCGGUCCGCAAACUUUGUGGUUAUUGGGCACGUCGAUGCUGGAAAGAGCACUCUCAUGGGACGGCUGCUAGCCGAUCAAGGUGCUAUCGACCAACGGACUUUAGAUAGGUAUCGGCGAGAGGCCGAGAAGAUCGGCAAGGGCUCAUUCGCACUAGCCUGGGUGUUGGACCAAGGGUCGGAAGAGAGAGCACGAGGCGUGACGAUAGAUAUUGCCACCAAUCAGUUCGAGACCGAAAAAACAGCCUUCACAAUUGUUGAUGCACCCGGUCAUCGUGAUUUCGUCCCGAACAUGAUCGCUGGUGCCAGUCAGGCAGACUUUGCUGUUCUGGUCAUCGAUUCCAGUGUGGGCAAGUUCGAGUCAGGCUUGAAGGGCCAGACUAAGGAGCACGCUCUCCUGGUACGUAGCAUGGGCGUACAAAAGGUUGUGGUAGCUGUGAACAAGAUGGAUACUGUGCAAUGGGAUCAUGAUCGCUUUGAAGAGAUCGAACAGCAGAUCUCCGCAUUCUUGACCACUGCGGGCUUCCAGGACAGCAAUAUCUCGUUUGUGCCGUGUUCAGGGGUUCUGGGUGACAACAUUUCUCGGCGGACUGAUGAUCCUCAUGCGUCCUGGUACACAGGUCGCACUUUGAUUGAAGAACUGGAAACGUCGGAGCCAUACACACACGCUCUGGACAAGCCUUUACGUAUGACAAUUGGUGAUGUCUUCCGAGGUGGCGUGCAAAGUCCGCUGUCCAUCUCUGGUCGCAUCGACGCAGGCAGCUUACAGAUAGGCGACCAAAUCCUGGUUAUGCCCAGUGGUGAAACAGCAACUGUGCGCAGUUUGGAGGUUGACAGUGAACCAAGUGACUGGGCCGUAGCAGGUCACAAUGUCGUCUUAAACAUCGCCAACAUCGACCCUAUCCACCUCCGUUCCGGCGACGUUGUUUGCCGUUCUUCCUCUCCCAUUCCUACAAUCACUUCUUUCACCGCCAAGGUCCUGGCCUUCGAACACCUGAUGCCCAUGCAAGUGGACGUGCAUCGUGGCCGCCUACAUGUACCUGGUCGCAUCGGCAAGCUGGUGGCGUCUCUGGACAAAGCAUCUGGAGCGGCUAUCAAGAAACGUCCCAAGAUUGUCGGCCCGGGAGUUGUGGCGCGUGUUAUAGUUGAAAUGGAUCAAGCUGUUCCUCUAGAAGCACCGACCAGGAUUGUCCUGCGCGCAGGAGGCUCAACGGUGGCUGCUGGUUUAUUAGAAUGA